AUGCCAGUGAAUAGUUAUCUACUAGGCUCUCCAGGUCAGAGACCUCAACAAGAAUUUUCUCCAAUAGGAAAAUCACAUGCCGGACAAUUUCAUGUAUUAACACUGUACCCAUCAAGUAGGGAUAGUACAACCAAUCGAAGUCAACAACGAAGUAUAUUUAAACUUUUCAAAAAACCCGAGAAUUUCAGCUAUGAUAAUGAUGAGAGUUUGUUUGAUGAUACUCUUCAUAGUGAACAAUAUGAUGACGAUAUUGAUAUGCGCUCUCCCAUAAAGCCUUUAGAAUCGCAAAGGCAGACAUCCGGUCAACAUCAUAAACUAGAUGAUGUUGGUGGUAUUUCACAAGGAAAUGAAGAAAGAAUACGGCAAUUACAUGCGGAGAAUUAUCUGUUGAAAUUGAAAUUUAUGGAAUUAAGAGAAUAUGUAGAAGGAUUACCCAGGUCUCAACAAGAGUUAAUGUUGGAGAAUGUUGAUUUGAAAGGUGAAAUGACGACUAUUAAAGAGAAACUUGACCAGAUCAUGAAAGAGAAUAUAAUCUUGAAAGAAAGACGUGGUACGUCUCCAGCGAGAGUUUCUACUCCACCGCCUGCUAAUAAUACAGCUGAAAUUCAAGGGUUGAGACUGGAAAUUGAUAAUUUACACCAUAACUUAGAUAUCAAAUCACAUGAAUUACGAGGAAUGAAUUCCAAAUUGGAAGAAUAUCAACAGAUGAUAAACGAGCGUGAUCAGCAGUUAGCAAAGCUUAAAUCAGAUCGGAAUCAAAUUAAAGAUUUACCAGCCCAAUAUGAACAUGUUAUCAAGGAAUUAGAAGAAGAUAUUGCCCAUCUCAAAACCCAAACCAACAUCGAUAAACAGCAAGUUUCUGAAUUGGUUGGUCAGCUAAGAAACUCGGAGCAAAUGGUUGAUCAGCUACGCUCAGAGCUUGAUAAGAAUAAAUCUGGACAAUCUCAUCUUGUUGACGAGAGAAAUCAUUUGUUGGCAACUGAAAAGGAAUAUAAUUCUAAAAUCACUGAUUUGCAACGACAAUUACGAGAUAAAUUAGAUCUUGAACAAAUCUUAAAAUCCAAGAAUAAUGAAUUAGAAAAUAAAUUAUCCCAACGAAAUCAAGAAAUCAAGCAAUUGGAUGAGAAGAUUAUUUCAAAAACCAAGACAAUUGCGGAUCUUGAAGGGGAGAUUGAAGAAGUGAAGUUUUCAACGAGAAUGAAUUCUAAUCAACAAACACAAGAAUUGAAACUUGAAUUAGAAAGGAAAAAUAACGAAAUCACUAGUCUCAAAUCUAAGAUCAAUGAAUUGAAGGAUAAGAAUGGAGAUGAGAUUAAACUUCAUAAAUCAAAAAUCCGUGAUCUUUCUCAUCAACUUGAAUUAAAAGGUGAAGAAAUAAUUAAUCUUCAACGAAAACUAAAAUCAGUGGAAAAUACAUAUGAUUCGGAAGUUUUAGAUAAAUUCAAAUUUUAUGAAAUUGAAUAUGAAAAAAUCGAACAAGAAUUACAUUCCAAGAAAGAAGAACUUAUCGAAUACAAAAAUAAACUAAAUCAAAUCAAACAUGAACGUGAUCAAGCUAUAGACAAACAUGAAGUAUUACAAAGGGAGAAAAAUAAUAAUAUUCACCGGUUGGAAAGCUUACAAGGAGGAACUGAGAAACUUGAACAUACAAUCUCGAAUCUCAAGAGAUCGAACGCUGAACUUGAACGAGAGAAUCAUAUUUUGGAAGGACAGAUUUAUAGUUUGAAAUCUGAUGUGAAAGAUCUUAAGGAGAGACAUCAACGGGAACAAGAAAGCUCAAACAAGAUUUUAGAUAGUAAGAUUAGAUCACUUCAGGCUGAGAAUGAGGAUUUACAAGAUGAAAUUGUAAAUUUGAAGAGUGUUCAACAACAACUCGAUAAUGAGAUCCGUAGGGUUAGAAGACUUUCCGAAUCUGGAGAAAGCAAAGAUGAGGAAUUGAAUGAAUUACAUAAUGAUAAUAUUGAACUAGCUAAACAGGUUGAAACACUUAAACGAUUAAACCAAAGUGCGAAUUGGGAUAUUUCAGAUCUCAUGGCUGAGAUUAGUGUUCAUAAAGCUGAGAUUGAUAGGUUACUUUCCAUAAAGAGUAGAGGUGAAGUGCAUGUUGGUGAAUAUGAGUUGAAGUUGGAGAUUUCCAAAUUAAGAGAAGAGCUUGGUCAGAGUGAACGAUAUAUUGAAAAAUUAGAAAACGAUCUUCAAUUGAAAGCAAGACAAUAUAAAGAAAACAAAUUAUAUUCUGAUGAUUUGGAACUUGAACUUAAGAAAGCAAAAUCAUUAAUUGGUAGUUAUGAGGAUAAUAUCACGAUGUUGAAAAAUGAAAUUCAAGACUUGGAGACUUUGAAUAAGUCUUCUAGUAAAGAAUCACUAGGUGAAGCUAUUAAGGAAAUAAAAGCUAAGCAUGCGGAACAGAAGGCGGAAGAAUUAUCACAGAAAUUAGAUUUGAGUCAGAAAGAAAUAGAAACCCUCAACGAGACAAUUAAGAGUAUUGAACGGGAUAUUCGGACUCUAACUGAGGAGAAUUCCAGUUUAAGAACCCAAAACCAAUCUGUACAGUUUGAAAAGAAUCUGCUUGAGAACAAUGCAAAGAAAUUAGAACAAGAUUUAGAAGUCAUGACAAAAAGUUAUAAAAAGAUGGCAUUGAAGGCUCGUGAUCUUCGUCAAGUCUCCGGUAAAAGAGGAAAAUUAUAUGAUGAUCUUAAAUCAGAGGUUUUGAACAAUGAAAUGACGUAUCUCAAAAUGACACUCACAGAUGUCGUUCAAACAAAGGACGAUCUUGAAACUAUUAAUGCAUUUAUGACUGAUUCUAUAAACAAAUCCAAUAACCUAUCACAAAAUAACAAUGCAAACUUAGCUAAACUCGGUAUAUAUCCUGAAUAUGUUGGAUCAAUGAAGUUCCAUAGGCUGCGGGGAAAUCAGUUGACAUUUAAAUCCUUAGCGACAUUUGUAUUGGCAGCUGUUCGGAUAAAGAGGCGAGGUGAAAGGGCAAGGAAACGGAUUAAUAAGUUAUUGGACCUCAGAGAUGACGUCAAUCGUGGUAAAUCAGAACUAGGUAUGUAG